AUGGCGGGCGCGCAUGGGGCGAAUGGGGCAGUCCCUGCUCAUUAUUUAUCCUUCACUCAGUUUGAAGGCCUCGACUGGGAUCGGAUGUGCCGCAAGUGCUGCGAGAACCCGCGCUGCGCUGUGCCGGCGGUCACCACCAGAUUUCGCGUCGCAGCAAGGGACGACUAUGAGGUCAGGACCGCCAUUUUCGUAGCCCGGUAUGACCAUGUCAACGAUUGCUGGCCCGAGUUCCGCAUGGGAGUCGUCGUGGGUCACCUAUGCGUGAAGGACAAGGAUGGCAACGCGGGCCGCGCGUUGUUCGUGACGGAGCACAGCGGCCGUCCUCGGACUUCCUUAUUCUUUCCCCAGUUUGGGGAGACCGCGUCGACGUCGGCCGAAGCUGAGCUGAAGCUGUACAGGAAGAUGCCUGAGCCUCCGACACCUUCCCUGCUCGGUGGGGUCAUCAGUCUUGUGUAUGCCCAAGCGCGGACGGCCUUUGGGAACGGACCCCCUGCGUACAAAUGGGUGAGGGCCAAGCACGGAAACGGGCCGUCGCAUUACAUUGCAUGCGAAGGACCGUGGCCCGGCAUGACAUUGGAGGACACGCACGUCCUGCCUUACCGCAAGGCGACCGAGCGUGUCCUUCGUGAACGCGGGGAAGACGUUUGCGAGUAUAGGCCGUGA